GGUCUUGGUGGCAGAUUCAGGUCCCCACGAGGAACUGUACCUUUUGGGGGGAAAUUUGCUUUCUUGGAUUUAAGAAAGUGCUUAACCUAAGUUAAGCACUAGGUUAGCCAGCAGCUGGUUUCUGAACCAGGAGACUGGGCUGAUGGCUUUGGAGAGGAAGGAGGCAGGAUGGAGCAUUGGAGAAGCUGGGCCGGCAGAUUCUGGUGCAGAGGAGGAGGCGACACAGGCCCCUGAUCCCAGCCCCAGCUGCUCUUCCUUGUGAGAACUUCCGGCUGGGGUUUUCGGGACUGGGGUCUGGUGGUCUCCUUUGGUCUCCCAGUUAGUGGGCUGCCUUGCGGGGAAGGGAAGGAAGAGGCUGAGGGUCAGCUCCCAAGAGCAGAGGAGUUGGUGGGACUUGGGCCGGGAGGUGCAGAAGGGUGCAUCUGGCUGCACCCUGUCCUGCCCAGCUGCUGGGUGUGACCUUGGGCAAGUCACCUCACUUGUGGGCUUGUGUUCAGAGGGGCAGGGGUGAUGGCUGAGCUUGCAGUCACACACCCGCUUCUGGUAAGUGGCGGGCUGUGUGAACUAGCAGUCAGUAGAGGCGCUUCAGUGGGUUGGCAUCUGCAGGUUGCUGUUGUGCCCGGUCUGGCUGCUUGACCUUGGGAUCAUCACCUUCCUUCCCACGACCCUGCAUUGCUUGCUCACUGUAAUCUCGGCCACCCCACUGGGUUUUGUGAGAAUCAGGCAGGGAAAAAUGUCAACGAGGUCUGUGAAUAAUAAAAAGAGUUACACGAUUACAGCAAUUUCCGAAUGCCUGGUCCUUUUUUUUUUUUUUUUUUUUUGAGACAAGGUCUCACUCUGUUGCCCAGGCUGGAGUACAGUGACAUGAUCACAGCUCACUGCAGCCUCAACCUCCUGGGCUUACUACAUCCUCCCACCUUAGCCUCCUCAGUUGCUGGAACAAUAGGCACACUCCACCAUGCCUGGCUGAUUUCUUUAAUUUUUUCUAGUGAUGGGGUCUCACUAUGUUGCCCAGGCUGGUCUUGAACUCUGGGGCUCAAGCGAUCCUCCUGCUUUGGCCUCCCAAAGUGCUAGGAUUAUAGGUGUGAGCCACUGUGCCAGGCCUAGUCUUCUCUUUUACAGGGAUAACUGUCACCUGCCAGUUGAGGCAUCGGGCUCUGUGGGCUGGUCAGAGCUCAUUCUGCCCUAUGGCCUGACACCUGCUCUGGGGUCAGGGUUCAUGCCCAGCGCUUGCUGCAGCUGGACCCUACCCAAACCUCUGUGCCCCCCUCUUUACAUGGGAGUCUUCAGGCCACCUGACUCAGGAACAUUGUGACAAUUCAGUGAGAAAAUUCUCGCCAAAAACUUAAAAAAAAAAAGGUAUCCCUCUGUUGUGGACCCUCCAGGAGGGCCAGCUCUCAGGUGGCCCAAGGCUGGACUUGGUGCUCCCUUUUCACCCCCUGGUCAGCUCUGGCUUUUGGGCAUUGCCAGGAGGGACCCAGGGGCUGGGUGGGCAGGGGUCUCUCCCCACAUCUCUCCUGAGGGGGAUGGUGAUGCCUCAAGAUUGCACUUACCUUGUGUUGUGGCUUCCUAUGGACAUCUCUUCCCACCUCUUACCUCCAAAGAGCCCCAGCUUUAAGCCACCCACUGCAGAGCAGUCCUGGUCCCCUUGGCCUGCUGGCCUCUCAGAGAUGUUAUGGUCUGAGGCUGUGCCAGGCCUGGGAGCCUGGACUCCGCCCCAAGGCUGGGCCACACACAGCCGUGCAGCAGGCCUGCUCUAGUCCCCCUAUCACCUCCACUUCAGGGCAGGGGAACGGGGAGAAGUGAGGGCACUGACAUCCAGCUGACUGACCCUAAAACCAUCCCCUCUCUGCCCUGCACCCUAAAGUCUCUCAUGGAAAGUGGGGGGCCCGGGCCCCUUUUGCAGCGCUGACAUUUCAAGACCCUGUAAGCGACUUGUACCCUGGGUGCAGGCCCUGGGCCUUUGGGUCCUGAUGGAGGAGGGGGCUUGGCUUGAUGAGGACGGAAGGAGGUUGAUUUGCAUCCAGACUUCCGGCGUCGGACACCUCUCUAUUGGGAGAGGAAGCCGAGGCCGGGGAAGGGGCAGCGAUGCGUCCAGGGUCCCACAGGGAGCCAAGGCUGGACAGAUGGGCAGGCUGGGUGGGGCCAGGAAGGCCACGGCUGUUUCCAGCUGUUGCAGAUGUGCUGCCUCCGGGGUCCAUGCAAACUCCUUUCCGCCUGCGGGCUGGCGAAGGGGCCAGGGCACACAGCAGGGGAGUUAGACUUGGCAGCCCCUUGACCCCAGACUGCCCUCGUCAAUGGAGUAGGAGCUGCCCAGAACCCUUUUCCUGUUCUCCCAGAUUCAGGGGCAUGAGCCCCCUUGGCCCAGUCCUGGAACAGGGCACCCCGGGAGGGCCCCUCAGGAAGAGGCCGGGGCUGCGGCUUCGGGUGGGGCCGGCAGCCUCUGCUGGGAGCCCAGCAUCUGGAAGCCAUCAGGCCAGGGGAGGGGGGAGUUGCAGGGGAGGUCCAGGGAGGGGGACAUGCCUCCUCCAGGCCACACACAAGCCCAACCCUCGAGAGCGUGGCCUUGGGCCCACAACCGCUGCCUCUGCACCCUGGCCCGCAGCCCCGCCCCCUGGCGCACACGCCCCGCCCUCGUCCGAAGCCACGCCCCCAUCCAGCAGCCACGCCCUCUUCCCCCAGGCUGCCUUCUCACCGCACUGGCCACUGCUCCUGCAAGGGUCAGCAGCGCUCCCCACAGCAUGCUGGGAGCCUCGCUUCUCCGGCGCAGGCCUUGCCAACAUUCCACUAACCCCCGAGACUCAGCGGGACCAGGAGCGGCGGAUUCGGCGGGAGAUCGCCAACAGCAACGAGCGGAGACGCAUGCAGAGCAUCAACGCGGGAUUCCAGUCCCUCAAGACCCUCAUCCCCCACACAGACGGAGAGAAGCUCAGCAAGGCAGCCAUUCUCCAGCAGACAGCCGAGUACAUCUUCUCCCUGGAGCAGGAGAAGACCAGGCUCUUGCAGCAGAACACACAGCUCAAGCGCUUCAUCCAGGAGCUGAGCGGCUCGUCCCCCAAGCGACGGCGGGCAGAGGACAAGGACGAAGGCAUAGGCUCCCCGGACAUCUGGGAGGACGAGAAGGCGGAGGACCUGCGGCGGGAGAUGAUUGAGCUGCGGCAGCAGCUGGACAAGGAGCGCUCGGUGCGCAUGAUGCUGGAGGAGCAGGUGCGCUCGCUGGAGGCCCACAUGUACCCGGAAAAGCUCAAGGUGAUUGCACAGCAGGUGCAGCUGCAGCAGCAGCAGGAACAGGUGAGGCUGCUGCACCAGGAGAAGCUGGAGCGGGAACAGCAGCACCUGCGGACCCAGCUUCUGCCCCCUCCGGCCCCCACCCACCACCCCACGGUGAUCGUGCCAGCACCGCCUCCUCCUCCCUCCCACCACAUCAAUGUCGUCACCAUGGGCCCCUCCUCGGUCAUCAACUCUGUUUCCACAUCCCGGCAAAAUCUGGACACCAUCGUGCAGGCAAUCCAGCACAUCGAGGGCACCCAGGAAAAGCAGGAGCUGGAGGAGGAGCAGCGGCGAGCUGUCAUCGUGAAGCCGGUCCGCAGCGGCCCGGAGGCCCCCACCUCUGACACCGCCUCCGACUCCGAGGCCUCAGACAGUGACGCCAUGGACCAGAGCCGGGAGGAGCCGUCGGGGGACGGGGAGCUUCCCUGACUACCCCCCCAGCCCUCCUCUCCCUUCUGGGGGCUGGAGGGAGCCGGGGCAGCCACAGGGAGAGACAUGGGCGAAUGAGUGAGAAAUUUUUACAAAAUUACGAUGUCAUUUGGGUCUCUUUUAUGACCUCUUUUUCAAUACUGUAAAUCGACCUUUGAACGAAGCCACUCAACCCGAGGUCCCGGGGCUGGGGUGUCGCAGAGCGUGUGGGAGCAUCGGGACCCCAGGGCUGGGCCUCGGCCCCGGGGGCUGGAGGAAGCUGACACGGAGAUGCCUGGCCUCUCUCUGCCAAAAAGCAUUUUUUCCUUUAAAUAUGUUUUUUAAGAACAGGGAAAAUUAAACAAAACCCCAGGUUAUUUCUUCCCGCCCAGAGCCAGCCUGGGAUUGUCAGCCUUCAAUCCCCUUUCCCUCCUCUUUUUGGGUUUUCUUCUUUCUCCUUUAAGCACUUACAUGGUUGGGGGUAAGACUAGGCUGGGGCGUUCUGGGGGCCCGGAGGCCUCCGUUGCUUCUCGGUUGGGGUUUGCUGCUGCUGUGCCCCCCUCCCCCUUCCCCAUCUCGGCACUAGAAUUCGCCACUCUCCCACCCCCCCAGCCCCCACCUAUGCCUCCAGGUCUCAUCUUCCACCCCAAAAAUGUCUGUCUCUCUCUUUUUGUUUUGUUUGUUGUUGGUUUUUUAUUUCUUUUUGGUUUGCUUUCUGUUUUUGUUUUGUUUUUCUUUUUCUUUUUCUUUUUUUUUACAAUUUUGAGGUCUUCGUGUUCAAGGAGAAGCUAUUAUAUUUUGUUAAGAAAGUGGGGAGAAAAAAACCAAGAGGCCACCGUGCCUUUGUAAAGAAACAAAAUAAAGUUUGUACUUUGUUUUUUA